UUUUUUUUUUUCUUUUUCUUUUUUUUUAUAUUUUUUAUAUAUAAACACUUAUCUAUUAUAUAAAAAUAAUUCCCGGCUAAAAAAAAUAUAUUUAUCCUUUAUUUAAUUACAAAAAUUAUUUGAUAAUAUGUCACAACGAUCAGAACCGGCAGCAUCUUCACUAGAACGUAUACGUUCUGUACGUAGUAGCAUUUUUACUCCAGAACAACAAUAUGUUUUGCAAAAAGAAAAAUUUGACAAAUUUUCGUCUAUAAAAAUUAAUGGACAAAAAUAUAUGAAUCAAGAAGAUUUUAUUCAAGCUAUAGCUCCGGGAGAAGAUUAUCAAAAAAUACAAAAAGAACAAUUUGCUUUAUUAUUUAGAAUAGCGGAUAAGAAUGGAAAAGGUUUAUUAUCACUUCAAGAUUUUAUGGUAUUUGAAAAUUUAUUGUCAAAACCUGAUGCAGAAUACGAAAUCGCUUUUAGAUUAUUUGAUGUUCAAGGUAAAGGGAAGAUUACCGUUGAACAAUUUAGAGAGAUUCUUGCCUCAAACAUAGGAUCUGAUAGCGUACCUUUUAAUUUUGAUUGUGAUUGGUUAAAAUAUUAUGUUGGAUGGAAUAAUAGUAAAAAACAUGAUCUAAAUUAUGAAGAAUUCACUCAAUUAUUAAAAGGAUUACAAGCUGAAAGAUUGAGGCAAGAAUUUAGAUAUUAUGAUAAAGAAGGAUCUGGUUAUAUCUCUCCUGAAUCUUUCAAGAAGAUCAUUAUCUCUAUUGCGAAACAUAAAUUAUCUGAUUAUGUUAUAGAACAUUUACCUACAUUAUGUAAUAUAUCUACUAGUAAUGAAAUAAAUUAUGCUACAGUUAUAGCGUUUCAUAAUGUAGUAAGACAGAUGGACAUGGUUGAAAGGAUCGUAUUGAAAGCCAUAUCAGAAAGUAAUGAUCGACGUAUUACAAAGAAUGAUUUUCUUAACACUGCAGCAAAAGAAACAAGAUUUUCUUUAUUUACGCCAUUAGAAGCUGACAUAAUAUUUCAUUUUGCUGGACUUGGAAAUCCUUCAGGAAGGUUAGGUAGACGAGAUUUUGCACAAUUAUUGGAUCCAAAAUGGCAAAAACCAGCAGAUCAAAGACCAAUUGUCCAAAUUACAACACAGAAACAUCAAGGAAUUUUGUGGGAAGUUUUGCAUCAGUCGUAUUAUUUUUUUCUUGCAUCAAUUGCUGGUGCCGUUGGUGCCACUGCUGUUUAUCCAGUUGAUUUGGUGAAAACCAGAAUGCAAAAUCAGCGAUCAAGAGUUGUAGGGGAAUUAUUAUAUAGAAAUAGCAUUGAUUGUUUUAAAAAAGUGAUAAAACAUGAAGGAUUUAUGGGACUUUAUAGUGGUCUUGGUCCUCAAUUAGUCGGUGUUGCACCGGAGAAAGCCAUUAAAUUAACGGUAAAUGAUUAUUUAAGAUCGAAAUUGAAGGAUAACAAUGGAAAGCUCCCACUAAAAUAUGAAAUUUUAUCUGGUGGUGCUGCAGGUGGUUGUCAAGUGAUUUUUACGAACCCAUUGGAAAUUGUAAAAAUUCGACUUCAGAUACAAGGAGAAAUGGCAAAGAAUAUAUCGAAUGUACAACAUAGAUCUGCAUUAUGGAUAGUAAGAAAUCUUGGAAUAGUAGGAUUAUAUAAAGGAGCGGCAGCAUGUUUAUUAAGAGAUGUACCAUUUUCAGCCAUUUAUUUUCCAGUUUAUUCACAUCUUAAAUCAGAUGUUUUUGAAGAAGGGCCAGAUAAAAAAUUAAAUAUGGGAGAAUUAUUAUUAUCAGGAGCAAUAGCAGGUAUGCCAGCAGCAUAUCUUACAACACCAUGUGAUGUAAUUAAAACAAGACUACAAGUAGAAGCAAGAAAAGGACAGACAGCUUAUAGUGGUAUAAUGGAUGCAGGAAGAAAGAUAUUAGCGGAAGAAGGAUUUAAAGCAUUCUUUAAAGGAGGACCAGCUAGAGUAUUUAGAUCUUCACCACAAUUUGGUGCAACUCUGAUGGUUUAUGAGUUAUUACAACGUUCAUUUCCUUGGAGUGCUAGCAAUGAUAAAUUUGAAAAGGAAAAACCUGUUAAUGUUAUCGGAGAUCUUAGUCAUUUAAAAAGCAGAAAUGCUUUAAAAAUUUUGCUAGAUUUGGAUAAUAAAUUUGGUGCGGUCCCAAAAAACAUUAAUGUACCUAAUUUUGGCGUCAAAAUGACAUCUACUCCUUAAUAAUAAUAGUAAAUAAUAAUAAUGAAAAUUUCAAACUUUUUUUUUAAAAAAAAAGUAUUUUAAAAUACAGUUUAAUAAUAUAAAAAGUCUAAUUAUUAUUUUACACACAAUUAUAUAUUUUAGAGGACAUAUA